AUGUCAUCAGUGCAAUUAAACAACAUUAAAGAGAAUCAAAUUAAAUUUGAUGCUGGAAAAUCAUCUAAAGUUACUGGAAAUCAUAAAAAUGAUAUUGACUGGAUUGAGCCAUAUUGGAAAUACAUGAUUGUUGAUUUGUUUCCAGAAAAUAAAUAUCUAUCAGAAGAAGCAUUUUGUGAAACUGGAGGACAAGUAUUAGCUCAAAGACAACCAGAAUGCAUGCAACUAAUGAUAAAAAUCUGGUCAAUGCGAUGCAUUUUUCAUUCUGCUAUUAGUUCAACAACUGAUCCUAUUAUCAUAAGUGAAUUCAAGAAGUCAGAUAAUGCAAAAUGGUGUCUACAUCAUCUGAAUUCUAGGAUAUCUGCUGCAAAACCAACAAAAUACAUUGUUUAUGUUACAGCAUCAUUUACAAAAGAUCAAUUGGCAACAGAUAAUGAUCAGUAUUUCAAUUGUUGUAUGCCAUUUUAUGCUUGA